GUUGUUUCCCAACCCCGAAUGUAGUCGGCUUCUCUCCUCAGGCGGACAAAUAAAGUGGUCGCCACCAGAAAAUGCGCCCGAAUGCCGGCUCUGCCUUUACACCUUGUCUCCAAUUCCUCACUGCCACUGAACAGCACAACAAUCAACGGCACUGCUGCUGAGACCUUACAAGUAGUUUGUGCCUGGCCCGUUUCCGGGCAGUAUGGCCCCGGUACGAGAUACCUAUACUAUGUCUUGGUAGCUGCGUGCGUUCUAGGAAGAGGCUCCGAGUGGCUGAGAGAUGCGUGCCUCGCAGCUGCUCUGCUGCUCCCGGCAGUGGCAGCGCUGCACGGAAUCGUCCUCGCUACGGUUCACGUCGACGGUGCCGUUGAUAUGGACGUCUACGGUGCAUUCCAGCUCUGCGCGAUAGGCGUCCUGGCCGGUCCCGUCACUGUCAGGAUCUCCAAGACGUAUUUCAACACGCCAGGCCGUAACCUCAUCUUCCUCUGGACGGGAAUGAUCCUGUCUGGGCUCCUGAGCCUGACAGUCGAGUUCUUCAGGGCUGAUCCCGUAUCCUGCCGCACCGACGACUUCAAGUAUGGCGAGAAUGGUACCUGCGGCCUUACCUGCUCGACCGACAAGGGCCCUUAUUCACCCUUGCGAGGCGGGUCUCAGAACAACAUCUACGUGAUCCAGGCUCCAGACAUCCUAGGCUUCGGGACAGCCACACUCCUCGCCGCAGCCUGCUGCAUCCCAGCCAUCCUGUCGCUAGUGAGCAUGUGGAACAAGAUUCUGAAGCUGAAC